AUGAAGGUCGGCGAAACCCUUCGGAGUUAUGCCAGUCGAUAUUGGGAACUAUACAAUGAAAUCGGUGAGGGCAAUGAGAAGAUUAUGGCAAGCACUUUCAGGAUGGGGCUUCCCGAAGACUCUGAACUACGGGAGUCGUUGUCGAAAAGACCUCCCGAGAAUAUGAGGCAACUUAUGAGGCGUAUUGAGGAGUAUAAACAUCUUAAAGAUGAUCGGCUGCAGAAUAAGGGUAAGGCCCCGUUGCUUGGUCGCUCUAAACAAGACGUUUUUCCAACAAGACCAAAGAAGGAUUUCAAGAUGUGGUCGAACAAGAUGGAGGGCGACCCGUCCCGGAGGAAUCAAAACUUGUACUGCACAUACCACGGAGAUAAAGGGUACACCACUGAGCAGUGCCACGUAUUAAAAGAUCAUCUGGAACAACUAGUGAAGGCAGGAUAUUUGAAAGAGUUCGUAGUGGAUUCCGGUAACCGAGAUGCCGACCAUGGUGUUCAACAGAAAGGGAACCCCCUCCCGCCGCCGUUGGGAGUGAUCAAGGUUAUCCACGCUGCCUCGAGGAGUGCAGCCACAACCAGAAGAGGAGUAUUAACAGUGACGCCCAAAGAAACCUGUGCGGAAGGACGAUCACUCAGAAAAAGGAUGAAAGUUGGCUGGCUAGCAAUCUCUUUUGACAAUAAAGAUCUGGAGGGAACGAUCCAACCUCAUGAUGAUGCGUUGGUGGUAACAGCACAGAUAAGUGGCUUCUUAGUGAAAAGAGUGAUGAUAGACCAAGGAAGCGGAGCCGAUGUAAUGUACCCAAAUUUGUUCGAGGGGCUCGGAUUAAAAAAUCAGGACUUGAUGAAAUAUGAUACGCCGUUGGUCUCAUUUGAUGAAAGAGUGGUGAUCCCCGAGAGUCAAAUUUCUCUUUCGGUGAAUAUGGAAGGCAAGGAAGUGAUGGUGACCUUCAUAGUAGUCAGAUCGUUCUCACCAUACACAGCAAUCCUGGGAAGGCCGUGA